AUGGGUCAUCAUUCAUGCUGCAAUCAACAGAAGGUUAAGAGAGGGCUUUGGUCUCCUGAGGAAGAUGAGAAACUCAUUCGAUACAUUACUACUCAUGGAUAUGGAUGCUGGAGUGAAGUUCCAGAAAAAGCUGGGCUUCAAAGAUGUGGUAAGAGUUGUCGAUUGCGAUGGAUAAAUUAUUUGAGGCCUGAUAUUAGAAGAGGGAGAUUUACACCUGAGGAAGAGAAGUUAAUUAUAAGUCUUCAUGGAGUUGUUGGCAACAGAUGGGCUCACAUUGCAAGCCACUUACCUGGUAGAACAGACAAUGAAAUAAAAAACUAUUGGAAUUCAUGGAUCAAGAAGAAAAUUAGAAAAUCUUCAUCUUCUUCUUCUGCUCCUAAUUUAUCAUUUAAUACACCACAAACUAUUGAUCAUCAUCCUCAGUACAAUUACAGUUCCAAUCAACUGGAGAAUUACUUUACCAACCAAGAAAAUGUAACAACAAAAGAAACCUUAUUUUCUUCAACGUGUCCUUUAUUUAUGUUCGACACAACAACAGCAACAGCAGACGCCAGUGUAAUAAGACCAGAAGUGUUUUUCCAUGAUAACAUGAAUUUGAGCUCAGAAUCAUGGAACUUGAAUCAUCAUCAUCAUCAAGUUCAGGCACUUCCUCCUCCUCCUCAUCCAGCAGCAACAGCUUUUACAACCAUUCAUGAUACUAGUAGUAAUUAUAAUCUACCACCAUUGAUAGAUAAUAAUGUGGAAAACAUGGUGCCAAUUGAUCAAGUUCAGUCUUGUAACAUGGAUGAGGAAGGAGAGAUGUUAACAUUGGAAUCAUUGCAGUUGCAGAGACAUGAGUUGAAUGAAUGGGUGGAAAAUCAACAGCAACAACAAUGUUCUAGCUUUCUUUUCUGGGAGAGUGUUGAAGAACCAAACUCAUCAAAUAUUAUGGGAACAAAUGCAACAAAUUCACUUUCUCCUUUUCCUUCUUCAUUAUUAUGA